AUGCGCCUCAUCACCCUCCUCGCAGCCCUCCUGGGUCUGACCCAAGGCAUCGCCCUUCCCGUGCCCACUGACACCGACAACAGUGUGGUAGCACUCAACAACACCAUAUUGCACGACACGCCCUUCAACAACAACACCCUCACCCUCACCACCAACACCACCACACCCCCAUUCCUCUCCCGCAACAAACCUCCCCACAACUGGCCCUCGAACUGGGGCUACCAACCCAAGCACUCAACCCAGGUCAAACUCCUCCGCUUCAAGGGCCCCAAAUGCACCAUCCCCCACGACCUCGUCCACGAAGAACAAAUCGACAUCGCGCCAGAAGGCUACGAAGACGACCCCAACAUGGCCUGCAAACAAUUCAAAAAAGAAAACGCAAUGCAGUUCAUGUGGUUCCAACUGCCGGCACAGAUUUUGAAGCAGGGGUAUGGGGGUGACAGGGGGAGUGUGCAUUAUGCGGGGCCGCUGCAUCAUUGUCGGGUCGUGGUCUAUAGGGGGCAUUUUUGUGAUGGGGAGGAGGUGGGGAGUUUGGAUGAGGGGGAUGAGGAGGUUUGUGUGAGGGCUUUUGGGGGGCAUUCUAUGAGGGUGGCGUGUUGGAAGUAG